AUGGCUCAAAGCCAUGAUGCAACCCAGUCAGAACCGCUGAGAUCUUCCUGCCCGUUUCUGGAAGAAGAGGCGCGGCGGCGUUUGCCAUAUGACGUCAGCAAGGCAGUCUACUUGGAGGUACAAUCCAAUGAGGAGCCGCUCUUCAGCUACAUGUUGCGCUUCGUGAGUAAAUCUGUGCAGGAUGCAAGGAGCAUUCGAGCGGACAUGGGCAAGGGAAGAGGUCUUGGCGCUGAUGAUGACGAGAUCGAUGAUCUACUGGUCAUGGUCAAGGGCAAGGGCAAGGUUGGCGGUGCCAGCCGAAAGCGAAAGCGGGAAGUCCAGAUGCCUUCGGCCAACAUCGGCUUGGGCUGGCAUUCCUUCGACUUCACUUGGGAUGAGAAGACUGCCAAGAUCACGAUAGUUCUGCAGCGGAUUGGGAACCCAACAGGUGACGGCCCAUCCUUCUUCACUUCAUUGGUGCUUUUUGCAGAAGGACCUGACCAAACACCCUUGCUGAAAAUUUGCCAGAAGGCUGCAGACAACGAAACCAAGCAGAAAGCGAAUCGCGUAUCCCUGUGGAGAUUUGACACCAAGUAUCACUUUUGGUCGCGAAUCUCAAGACGAAUGGCUCGUAGUCUUGAAAGCAUUGUUCUUGAGGAGAGUGUGAAGAAGCCGCUGAUGGAUGACCUGGAGUGGUUCUUGAAGGACGAGACUCGCACAUUCUAUGCCAAGCACGGCAUUCCAUACCAUCGCUGCUAUCUACUGCAUGGAGAGCCCGGAACUGGCAAGACCUCUUUCAUGAACUCAGUGGCUGGACACAUUCAACGCAACUUGUGCUUUAUCCAAAUGGACAAGCACAUGACUGAUGAUACUUUUAGAAACGCCAUGACACAGCUUCCAGCUCUCUCCAUGGUAGUUCUUGAAGAUGUGGAUGCACUCUUCACAAACCACCGUGAAGCAGAUCAGAACAAUUCCUCCUUGUCCUUCAGUGGAUUCCUCAACUGCUUGGAUGGGUUGGGAGCUCCUGAUGAUGUUGUCAUUUUUAUGACAACUAAUCAUCCGGACAAGUUGGACCCUGCUGUCAUGCGGCCGGGAAGAAUAGACUUGAAGGCAGAGUUCAAGAAACCGAACAAGGACGUGGCCGCCAAGUACUUCCUGACCUUCUACCCUGGAGCUGAUGAGGCUGCAGCAAUCUUUGGAACUUCGGUAGGCGGACGCAUUGCUGAACGAAAGGUGUCCCGGCCAAGUGGAGACGACGGAAGCAUCUCGUCUCCAUGGCGCAGCUGCAACACUUCUUCCUGGCAUGUCAUCGCCAAGGCUUUGAUGCCACGAAGGCUUCAGAGUACAUCUGCGACUUUGUCUUUGAUGAGCCCAGAACAUCGCUCUUCUCUUCCUAUGGAUGAGAGGCCCGGUAGUCAGAUCUUCGCUUUGGCCAGGUGCCAUACCGGAAUGCAGCUGCGAGCUGGCAUUUUGAGACGUGCGGCCAUGUGCUUCUCACUUGAACCCAAACUCCGAGAGCGAGUUGUGUCCCUUCGAAACAAGCUGCGAGAGCGCUUGCAGAAGUCCGAGGAUGGUUUGCAGCGUUUCUCCGCCCGGAUGGACAAGAUGGCAAUUCAGGCUGAGGCUGCGAUCAGAAGAAUCAAAGAAGGCGGGGCUCCUCCCAGCCGCAAGGCCGAGGAAUUUUCCAGAAGUAAGUCCAAAGACCAACUUUCCGAGAGGAAGGCUAAGAGUCCGGGCAAAAAAGAGCGAUCGAAGGAUAGAGAGGCUACUAAAGAAGACAGAGACAAGGAAUCAAAGGAACCGAAGGAAUCCAAGAGGAGGGAAAAGGAACCGAAGGAAGCGAAGGAAGCGAAGGAACCUAAGGAGAAGGAGACAAAGGAGAAGGAUUUGAAGGAUUCGAAGGGCGAAGAAGCCGAGGAGCCUGGCGGGGAAAGAGAGCCCAGAGAAAAGUCUGAGAAGGAUCCUCACGAAAAGAGAGAGAAGAAAGAGCGGAAGGAGAGGCGGAAGAAGAAAAAGGAUGAUGCAGAGGUGCAUCCCCUCAGCUGUGGAGCAUCGAAUCCAUCACAUCGCAGUGCUUUCGUGGCUCCGCGGGGAGCGGCUAACGCGUCGCUGAUGCCUCGGCGAAGUGAUUCCAGGAGCGACUCGCGACCGCGACGUGGAGCAGGAGGCCGGGGCCGCUCACGCUCCCCACCACGCCGGUCCAGACGUGAUGAUAGUCGCGACAGGAGACGCCGCAGCAGGUCUGGAGGAAAAGAACACAACCUGGCAGAGUGGGGCACAUCCGGAGUGAUCGUGGAUCUUAAGGGAUCUGGCUUUGGCUUCAUUCGACCAGACACUGGCAAGGUCAAUGAUAAGGAUCUCUACUUCCACUGCACAGCUGUGAACAAGAAUUGUCCCUUUGACGAACUCAGGGUCAACGACGAGGUCAGCUACGAGGCAAUUAUCGAUGAGAGAAAGAACCAUCCUACGGCGAGAAAUGUUACACUGAAGAAUGGUGGAAGCAGUAAAAAGAGAGAGGCAUCACGCUCUGACUCCCGCCGCCGUUAAUUCCUUUAAGUAUGAAGAAACAGCGGGGAGGCUGCUGGAAGCGGUGCGUUGCUAAUGCCUCAGAGCAUUAGCCUGGGUCUUUACAGGUUUUGUGCUGGAUACCUGAAC